AAUCCUUGUACAUUUUCGAUGAUUUUCAUAUAGUCUAAUGUCUCCAUGUCUCCAACCAUUAUAUAAGCAUCAGCACUCCUCGUUCUUUCUAAUCAUAUCUGAAUUGAUUACUCAAAUCUUCAUCCAUCUUCUGAAAACCCAGCCACCAUGCCUUCUACUCUAUCUCCCUCAGAAGAUAAAUAUCUCAAUGACCUUCUGCAACUCGCCCGUCCUUUCCUCCGCGGAGAGCUCGAAAACGUGGACAAAAACCUUCCUUAUCUAGUCUCAGUCCUGCGCUCAGUUGGGGCAGGCGAGUGCUGGCACAAGAAUGGAAGUUUUCUUGAACAUCUGUUUGAUAUAUAUCGCAUUCUCAAGCUGUGGAAAGCCCCUGAUGCUGUUUGCCUUUGUGGGCUCUUUCACUCUGCUUAUUCCAAUUCCUAUGUCAAUCUUGCCAUCUUUGAUCCCUCCACCGGUCGGGACGUAGUUCGUUCCCACGUCCAAGAAGCUGUUGAGAGGCUAAUCCACAUGUUCUGCAUUGUCCCUCGUCAUCCUUUGAUCCAUGAUGAUCUUCUGUUUCAUUAUGAUGAUCAAGAAUUGGACGAACACCUCAAGUUUUCGGAGAUUUCUCUGAGGAAUGCGAAGGAAAAAGGAUUGUUUAACGAGGAGGAAAGUUGGAGAGUAAAACUCAGGUCUGUUCUGCCUGCUGAUGGGGUAGUAGUGAAGCAUAUCAGAACAGGAGAAGAAGUUCCAGUUUCGCGAAGAUUGGUGGCUGUGUUUCUCCUGAUGACAAUGGCAGACUUUUCAGACCAGCUGUUCGGUUUUCAGGAUGUUUUGUUUGAGAAUUCAAAUGGCCAUUUGGAAUUCUCAGGCAAUAAUUUCUAUGGUCUAUGGCCAGGUAAUGGCAAGCCUGGAUUAUGGCUGAAUUCAAUAUCAAGAAUGGGUGCACUGUACACCUUGAUUGUGAGAGAAGAGGAGAUUUUCCUUGAGCAAAGGAGAAGAAAUAAUGGAGGGGUUAUUGUUUUAGCAGAUGAUAGAGAUGAAGAGCUUGAGCUAGUAAUCCCACCUGUAUUUGAGAACUGCACAAGAGUUUUGGAUGCAGAAGAGCAGAAAAUUGGGAGGGAGUUGUAUUGGGAGGCUGUUUUUGAAGGAGACAAGAUCGGGUUGGAGAGAGCUGAGGAGCUGUUGAUAAGGGCAAUUGAGAAGAACCCUUUUGUUGGAGAGCCUCAUGUGGUUUUGGGUCAGAUUUACUUGAGCAAAGGGAGCUUUGAGGAGGGUGAAAAAGAGGCUCAAAAGGGGCUGAGAAUGAUUUUGGAGUGGGGAAGUCCUUGGGAUAAGAGGAUGUCUUGGGAAGCAUGGGUUGCAUGGGCUAGACUUUUGGUGAUAAAGGGAAAGGAGAAAGCUUGGCCUAAUACUUCUUGGGGCAUCAUCCACUUGGGUCUUAUAAAGUGAAGAGUGUUUGAAUUGGAUAAGAUUGAUCACUGCUAUGUUUCUUAUUAACUAGUGUUAUUCCAACUUAAUCUUGAAUAUGACAUGAUUAAAAUAUCAAAUAAUGUUGUUGUAUCUUGACAUUUUGUCAAGAAUAUAUCAGUGUACUAUAAGGUUACCAAGACUAUUUGGAAAAUGUUUUGUCUUGCCAA